ACCGAGACUGCCUGCCCGUCUGGCACCGGGAGCGGCCCGGGCUCACUUGUGGGCUGUCGGCGAAUGCUUCGAAGAACCAUGGAAGCUGCAGUUGCCAAUUUGGAUCCCACGCCUAGUAAUGCAAAGUCACAGCUGGCUGCAGACACGGCCUGCUGGAAGGUGACCCUGGCCACCGUCCUAGCCAGUGCCAUAGCUGUCAUUUUCUUAGGGCUUCUUCUGGCCUCCCUCUACACACAGGACGUCAGUUUUGAGCACUCGGCUGAACUCAAAGGAAUCCUCUAUGACAGCAGCCUGCAGCAGGAGACUUCCAGUUAUUACAGAGCUUUGACUCCCACUCUGGAAAUGCUGUUUGUAAGUAGCUUUCAGAAAACAAAGCUAGAGGAGAGCUGUGUUGGCUGCACUGUGCUGAGUUACAGGGAUGGGAAUUCCAGUGUUCUGGUCCGUUUCCGCCUACACUUUGUGUCUCAAACCCUCUGGUCUCUGACCCCUGGAUUGGAGGAGGAAACACUCCGGCAAGGUCUGAGCAUGAGAUUCCGUGAGCACAGCAUCCCCCUGCCCACCUACGGGACCAUCUAUUCUGCUGCACUCACAGGGAAUAAGGAGCAGCCUGCGACAGAAAUAAAGCUGAAGUCAGGGUACUGUCCAGGGAAUGCAUUCGCCUGCCAGAGUAACCAGUGUGUGUCCAAAGUGAAUCCCGAAUGUGACGGCAAAGUGGACUGCUCCGAUGGUUCUGAUGAAGCUCACUGUGAUUGUGGAGGCCGGCCUGCCUUGAAAUCAGCCAACAGGAUUGUAGGAGGAAUGGAGGCUGCCAGAGGAGAGUUUCCAUGGCAAGUCAGUCUUCGAGAAAACAAUGAACACUUCUGUGGGGCAGCCAUCCUCAGUGCCAAAUGGCUGGUAUCUGCAGCUCACUGCUUCAAUGAAUUCCAGGACCCCACAGUCUGGAUGGCCUAUGCUGGAACCACCUUUCUUAGCGGCUCUGACAGCGGCACUGUGAAGGCUCGAAUCGCCCAGAUCAUCAAGCAUCCCUUCUACAACUCAGACACGGCAGACUUUGACGUGGCCGUCCUAGAGCUGGGCAGCCCCCUGCCUUUCACCAGCCACAUCCAGCCAGUGUGCCUCCCCUCGGCUACUCACAUCUUCCCUCCCAGGAAGAAAUGUCUCAUCUCUGGGUGGGGCUACCUUAAGGAGGACUUCUUGGUGAAACCAGAGGUCCUCCAGAAGGCAACUGUGGAACUCCUAGACCAGGCGCUGUGUGCAAAUCUCUAUAGCAACUCACUCACAGACCGGAUGGUGUGUGCUGGCUACCUGGAUGGGAAGGUGGAUUCCUGCCAGGGUGACUCAGGAGGACCACUGGUCUGUGACGAGCCCUCAGGGAGGUUCUUCCUUGCUGGCAUUGUAAGCUGGGGCAUCGGCUGUGCUGAAGCUCGGAGGCCGGGAGUCUAUGUUCGUGUGACCAGGGUUCGAGACUGGAUUAUGGAGACCAUCUCAACAGCACCCACUGUCAGCGCGCCGGCCAUCUUUCCUGACUCCUCCACCACCAGCAGUGACUGGUUUUUGACUACAGAGAGACACAUGACCAGUAUCACCACCAAGCCCAAGCUGGUCCCUAGCACAAAUCCGGAGGCAGCAUCUCUCUACCCAAGCACCACCUCCAGGCCACAAGAGUGUGGGGGGAGACCCGGGAUGCCCAAACCCAGCAAAAUCAUCGGGGGAUUUGACGCCAUCAAGGGUGAGAUUCCGUGGCAGGUCAGCCUGAAGGAAGGGUCUCGACACUUCUGUGGAGCCACAGUAGUGGGAGAACGAUGGCUGGUGUCCGCAGCCCACUGCUUCAAUCACACAAAGAUGGACUUUGUGAAAGCAUAUUUGGGAACGACAUCCCUCACGGGAGCAGAUGGCAGCACUGUGAAGGUCAGCAUCAAGAGUGUGGUGCUCCACCCCUCCUACAACCCUGUCAUACUGGACUUUGACGUGGCCUUGCUGGAGCUGGCCAGCCCGCUCCUCUUCAACAAGUACAUCCAGCCGGUCUGCCUCCCCCUGGCCAUCCAGAAGUUCCCUGUGGGCCGCAAGUGCAUGAUUUCUGGGUGGGGAAACACCCAGGAAGGCAAUGCAACCAAGCCCGAGAUUCUGCAGAAGGCAUCUGUGGGUAUCAUUGAUCAAAAGACAUGUAGUGUUCUCUACAAUUUCUCUCUCACUGAUCGCAUGAUAUGCGCUGGUUUUCUGGAAGGGAAAACAGAUUCAUGUCAGGGUGACUCUGGGGGGCCACUAGCCUGUGAAGAAACUCCAGGAGUGUUUUAUCUGGCAGGAGUUGUGAGCUGGGGGAUUGGAUGUGCUCAGGCUAAAAAGCCAGGAGUGUACUCCCGGAUGACCAGACUCAAGGACUGGAUAGUGGACACCAUCUCACCUGGCCUGCAGGCUGGCUCCACCCUUUUCCCUGAGAAAACACCUAUCAUUACCAGCCACCCUCUAGGAGGAACUUUAACUACCACAAGUGUGACCACCAGCAAACUGACUCCUCCACCAACUAGCAAAACCACCCCCAAACCAACCAGCAAAACCACUGUUCAGGCCCCCAGCAAACCUACCAGUCAGCCUACCAGCAAAACCACUCUGAAGACAACUAGCGGACCCUUGACGAUCAAAACUACCCCACACGCUACCACCUCUACCCUCUCUCCAGACUGCGGUGUCUCUGCAGUGGGCACCCUCACCAAGAUUGUGGGUGGCAGCGCUGCCAGCCGUGGGGAAUGGCCCUGGCAGGUCAGUCUCUGGCUGAGGAGGAAGGAACACAAGUGCGGGGCGGUGCUGAUUGCGGACAGGUGGCUGCUCACUGCCGCUCACUGUUUUGACGUUUACAGUGACCCCAACCUGUGGGUGGCCUUCCUGGGGACAGCCUCCCUGAGUGGUAUGGAUGGGAAGGUCGAGAAGGUGUACCGCAUCUACAAGCACCCGUUCUACAACGUCUACACCUUGGACUACGAUGUAGCCCUCCUAGAACUCUCUGCCCCCGUGAAAUACACCAGUGUCAUCAAGCCCAUCUGCCUCCCAGACCACUCUCAUCUCUUCCCUGAAGGCACCAAGUGUUUCAUCACAGGCUGGGGCUCCAUCCGGGAAGGAGGGCUGAUGGCGAGGCACCUGCAGAAAGCCGUGGUGAACAUCAUUGGAGAAGAGACCUGCAGGAAGUUCUACCCCAUCCAGAUCAGUAACAGAAUGCUGUGUGCUGGCUUCACCCAGGGAGGUGUGGACAGCUGCUCGGGUGAUGCUGGGGGACCGCUGGCUUGCAAGGAGCCCUCUGGGAGAUGGUUUCUUGCUGGGGUCACCAGCUGGGGGUACGGCUGUGCCAGGCCAUAUUUCCCAGGUGUCUACUCCAAGGUGACGGCUGUGAGGGGCUGGAUCAGGCAGAAUAUCAGACUGUGA